AACUUCGUCAGAGUGAUUUGCUGUAGGAUGGGAGAAAAGCCAGCCACACUGGGUCUCGCAAAGGGAAGGCUGAAACCCUCCUUCCAGGCCCGGAAGUGGUUUGAGGACUACAAGGAGAGGCGAGAAAGAUGCCGACCUCCGCUAGGGCUAGAGCGGCCACACACAAAAAGACAUGGGACUUCCGGGGCGGGGCUCUCCGGUUUUUCACCCUCCGUGUGGCGGGGUGGAGGCGGGAAUGUGGGUCUCUUGUAACGUGAAGGUUCGCGAUUGCCUGGCUUCCACUUCCGUCACUCUGAAACGGUGCCUGAAAUUGGGGGUGACCAUGGCAAAGAGCAAGUUCGAGUACGUGCGGGACUUCGAGACUGACGACACCUGCCUGCCCCACUGCUGGGUGGUGGUGCGGCUGGACGGCAGGAAUUUCCAUCGGUUUUCUGAGAAGCACAACUUUGCGAAACCUAAUGACAUCCGUGCUCUCCACCUAAUGACCAAAUGUGCCCAGACUGUAAUGGAAGAACUGGAGGAUAUUGUGAUUGCAUAUGGACAGAGUGAUGAGUACAGCUUUGUGUUCAAGCGGAAAAGCAAUUGGUUUAAAAGAAGAGCCAGUAAGUUCAUGACUCAUGUGGCCUCCCAGUUCGCCUCCAGCUACGUGUUUUAUUGGCGGGAUUACUUUGAAGACCAGCCCCUUCUGUAUCCCCCAGGCUUUGAUGGAAGAGUUGUGGUGUAUCCUAACAACCAGACCUUAAAGGACUACCUCAGUUGGCGGCAAGCAGAUUGUCAUAUCAAUAAUCUUUAUAACACAGUUUUCUGGGCACUCGUACAGCAGUCUGGACUAACACCAGCACAAGCUCAAGGGAGAUUACAGGGAACUCUUGCAGCAGACAAGAAUGAGAUUUUGUAUUCUGAAUUCAACAUCAACUACAAUAAUGAGCCGCUGCUGUAUAGGAAAGGGACUGUGUUGAUAUGGCAAAAGGUGGAUGAAGUUACGACAAAAGAAGUUAAACUGCCAGCAGAAAUGGAAGGGAAAAAGAUGGCAGUGACCCGAACCAGGACAAAGCCAGUGCCCUUGCACUGUGAUAUCAUCGGGGAUGCUUUCUGGAAGGAACACUCAGAGAUCCUAGAUGAAGACAGCUGACCCUUUGCUUUUGUGUCCUGCUGUGCUUAACUAUGGAAGGCCCCCAAGUCUUCUGGCCUUAGGUGGCCCAAGCAUUCCUACCACCCAGAACAGUGUCCCAGGGGUGACAUGACUGGUUGGGAGGGGAACAGGGAAGGAAGGCAUGGAUGGGUGUGGUAUCUUGUUCUGCUUUAAGUGGAACACCUUUUUUGCAAUGUUGGAACAUGGUUCCUUUUGGUAGAAGUGCAUUUAAAAAAAAAAUUGUGAUACUAUUUUUAUACAGUGAGAAUUAUUUUAUGCCUUACAGAAUGGAUCAUUUUUAGGUUGUGGCAUUAAGUUUUACAAAACCUGCCAAACUCUUUUCAUCUAAGAUAGAAGAUGAGCCCAAAGGUUAUUUUUGCGCACCUAUUCCUAACUAGAGAAUCCAGUGACCUUAAAUCUCACCUUUCCCACCCAUCUACUUGCAUUCAUCUUUGGCAGACCUGGAGAUAAAUAUAGCUUGAUGCCUGCAGUAUGAUUCUGAAUUGAAGAAUUCCAGGGAAAGCUCAGGGCUCUGUGUCAGUCUCCAAGUUGGCAACCUUGUCUGAACAAAUGAGUAGAUUGGAUGUUCUUCUUAAACAUUUGUAGAUUGAUUUUGUAGAGUUAAUUAGCAUGAUCAUCAUCUUGCCAGGGGCAUUAUUUGCCAGACCAAUGAUCUCUUUCUAAGAAUCCUAUAUAAUAAAAGCCUGAUAUGCAAAUUGUCCCCUCUACUGGGUGUUCGACCGGAGGUUGGACCACAAGUUCAACCAGGGGGUGGGGCUGGCCAGCCAACCACCUGUGGCCCCUCCCCCUGAGUGGCGGCAGGCAGCCACACGAAUUUCAUGCACUGGGCCUCUAGUUAUGUGUAUAUUUGAGAGAAAGAAAAUGUGUGAGAAUGAGUGAACAAAGGAGGAGAAACAUUCACUCCAUGUUCUUUAGAUACUUAAAAGUCGCCUUGUCACCAGUUGGACUAUCUGAAAAAGAUUCUCAGCCUCUGUAUAAUCAGAACAAUGACAUUGGAGUUGGAGAGGAGAGGGGUCAACACUCUGGGGUUCAGGUGGCAGGUGUCAAAGGAGUCCUAAUAGCUCCACCUGCUGAUGGCCUGUAGAGAUGGGUUGGGUGAGGUGCCCAGAGAGCUGCAGCAGUAAUUUCAUGUUGCCAAGCUCUUGGCCUCUGAAAAGGGGGAGGUAGUGCGGACAGGUGGUAGAAGUCACAUUGCCUCUUGUCCUCAUUUCAUAUUUUAGAGGAAAGUCAUUUGGCUCUAUUAAGAAUUAAGAGGCAGCCCAUGUCUCAGUGCCUAGUCCCGCAUUGCAGAAUUUACAGCCAGGAAGAAAAUGUAUUUUUGAAAGUGACGGCUGGUCUCAUCCCUCAGCAAUUGAUACCCCAUCUGUCAACGCCAUGUUUUCCCUUCCUGUUCUCCAGAGGAAUAGGAGAUGUUUAGUAAUUGAUAAAAUCUCAUUGAGAAGAAAAAUAAAGGUUUCAACUCUUUUGGCCUAAA